CCUCGUGACGUGGGCAUUAUUAAAUCUCUCUUUCCCCUAUACUUGCCGCGGUGGCCAGCUGUUGUGACAGGGGCGGCAUGUCAUCUCUCCACCGCAGGGACUCGGACCCAAACUCCCUACAGGAUUACUACUAAUCAUGGCCUCCACCAAUACUGAGGCUUCCCCAACUCCGCCGGCAACGGCUUUUCUUCCCUUCUUUCGCACCCUUCCUCCUUUACUCCCCAUUCACUCCUGGGUUUCUGGACCGUCUGCCAUGAAUAACGAUCCAGGCGUUCAGUUUGUGGCCGCUCGGCCCCGGAAGCGAGACCACCGCGAGAUGUCUCAGUCGCAUGGACGCCCUCCAUGGAGGCCAGAAGCCGAAGCGUCUUCAUCCUCAGCCCAUCCCCGUCCAUCGUCUUCGCCACCACGCCCCAGAUAUGCCGGGGACGGUCUUGAUUUCAGGCGACCAGCGCCGAGUGCUUCGCAAGACUCCAUAAUCGACCUCACAAAUGAACCGGACUCGCCCCCGCAGACCUUUCACUCCCGGCUCCCAGCUCGCCAUUCUCAAAUACGGCGACCAAGGCCCCCUCGUUUCGGUCGAGAUAUUAUGGCCGAAGUAGUCGACCUGGAAGAGGAGCCGGAACCCAGUGGCAGUGGCCAGGCCGAUGCGCCCAGCUCUCCUGAGGUCCAAUUUAUAAGUGCCUCCGUUCGUCCGCCACCCUCGCGAGAACCGACCUUUGAAACGAAUCUCUUGCAUAUGCUUCGAUUUCAUGAUCCGAUGAUACACGGAGUACCAAAUCGAGAUGUCUUUCGGGACGAGGUGGCCAGACGAGCACGGCGAAUGGCCCGACACCCUCCGCUUGACGUGGACACAGUCUGGGUGGGAGGGUCGGGGGGUGCGAUCGAUCUGACCAAUUUCCCUCUGGACAUGGACUAUGUACUACAAAGUCUCACGACACCCGACAGAGGGCCACCUCCCAACGCAUAUAAACCACCAAGCCCGGCGCCAGAGGGAUUCACGAGAACGGCCGGGGAAGACGAGGUCGUGUGUUGCCCGAACUGUGAUGCGGAGCUGGGCACCGGCGAUGAAACGAAGCAGCAGAUCUGGGUGGCGAAGCAAUGCGGCCAUGUCUACUGUGGCGAAUGUGCAACCCAUCGGUCGAAAUCGAGCGCGAAGAAGGCCGCCACUCAACGAGUCAAGCCGUUCUCCAAGUGUCAGGUCUCUGACUGCGCCAAAUCAGUCAGUGCCCCUCGUGCCAUGUUCCAAAUUUAUCUUUAGAGAACGAGGAGACUCUAUUCUCCAUUCUCUACUCUUCCAACGGUUGCGUUUCGGUGUUCAGGUCGCAUUAUUUCUUUACGGAUUCGUCACGCUUAGCCACUCUUCUCGAUACCCUCAUUGCAUUUUCACUGGUGGAAACCGGACUCAUAUCACUUGUUUCAUAUGUUACGAAGGACUGUUCAUAUCGUUUGGAGGUUUCAGGUAACCAGGAGUUUGGUGUACGCUAUUCAUUUCCAGAUAUUUAGUCGCAAGUCCAAGAAUCCGGUGGGCUACGAUACCUGCUGCAUAACACGGACAUUUCCAAGAAAAC